UCCUCACCCCUCCUCCUCCUCCCCUCCUCGUCGCUCUCCCCCUUUAGACUCCUGCGGGACGCGCACUCUCAGCGAGCAAAAAGAGAAACACACGCGGCUCGGCUCAGUGACGGCACUCGCAGCGGGCGAGAGAGAGAGACGGAACGAGAGACGGGGAAUUCUGUCCGUUCAGCAGUGGAAACUAAAGCCACAGAAAUUGAAUUAAAUUCUCUACCGAAUGCAUCGAUUCAUCAAUUCUCGAACCCAACAGAACCAGCACGCCUCGCCCCCCACUCGCUCCGCGGACGCGGUUACGCAAUUACGCAGUGCGGGGCGCGCAUAAUCAGAGUGCACGUGUAUAGUCUACAGUACAAUCUAGUGCACUCUAUACGUACACUCGAGUACCAUACACUCGACAGUCUAGGCUAGAGAUUUUGGUGGAAUCACAUAGCGUGCGAAAGGGCACGUGUGGUCACACACACACACACAGACAUCAACGCACGCAAAGAGAGGGGGGCAGGGGAGGGACUGCGAGCUUGGACAGAGGCUGCGAGCUGGGAGACCGAGCUAGGAGAGAGUGAGAGAGAGAGAGACAGAGACUGUGAGCUGGGCUAGAGCCUGCGAGCUGCACAGGAGCUGCCAGCUGCGAGGGAGGAAGCCAUCGGAAUGCGUCGCUGUACGGGACGGUGCUCCUUGGUCUUCAUCUGCGCCCUGCAAGUGGUGACGGCCGUGGAGCGGCAGAUUUUCGACUUCCUGGGCUACCAGUGGGCGCCCAUCCUCGCCAACUUCCUGCACAUCCUCAUGCUCAUCCUGGGCCUCUUCGGAGCGCUGCAGUACCGCCCACGCUACCUCACCGCGUACGCCGUGUGGAUGGUGCUGUGGGUCUCGUGGAACGUCUUCCUCGUCUGCUUCUACCUUGAAGUCGGAGGCCUGUCCAAGGACAGCGACACGCUGACCUUCCACGCGUCCAUCCACCGCUCGUGGUGGAGAGAGAACGGGCCCGGCUGCCGCGUGACCCCGGCCGAGCCGCCGCCAGGCCGUGCCACUGCUGGCCUGGCCUACAUCUCCGUGCCCGGGUGCCUCCUGCAGUACCAGCACCUCGAGGUCAUCCACUCGUCCACCCAGCUCCUCAUCGCCCUGGUCGGCUUCGUCUACGCGUGCUACGUCAUCAGCGUCUUCACGGAGGAGGAGGACAGCUUCGAUUUCAUCGGUGGAUUUGACCCCUACCCAACCACGUACCAGGUCCCCCAGAAACCCGCGCACAUGCAGCUGCAGCCCAUGUACACGACAAAAUAACAACACGCGCGAGUGACGGCCGAGCGGAGCAACAGAGACAAAUCAUCAGCUCGGGGGGGGGGGGGGGGGGAGCUGGGCAACAAACCAAGAUCCUCACCAACGAUUUGAGAGAGCGAGAGAGAGUGGCGAGAGAGAGAUAGUUGUUUUCUUCUUCUUCUUCUGUGUGUGUACAAAAAACGAAUAUCCCACUUCCAAGCACUUGCAAGCACGUGGACGUUUUGUCAAAACGAGCAAGAAUUUAUUUGCGGCGGUUCACGGCAGCCGCAGCAGCGGCGGCGGCGGCAAGCGGCUCAAAGAAAGAGAGACGGAGAGAAAACAAAAACACGUCGAGAGAGUAGCCAGACGGGCAAUAACAACGGCGGUAGCGGCGAGGAGUCUUGGCUCGGAGCCACGAGAAGUAGGCGGCGGCUGCUGGCGGCUGGACGCGGCUUCGGCGCCCGCCCGCCCGCGCCCCCGGGGCGGCGCGGGGGGUGGAAGCGCCACGGACGCCCCACGCGCAGAGACGCCACGCGGAGUCGACCACCGCCCUCUGCAGACGCCCUCCCGCAUGGCCCGGACCAGCCCGCGCGCGUGGGGCUGGGUGUUGGGAGUUGUUUUUGUUUUGGGGCCGUUCGUCCAUCUCCUCGCGCGGUUCUCCGAUGUGCGCCGUCGGCACGAAUUCACCGACGUUUCGCUGCACGUGCCGGCGAAGAGCUUCUUCAGUAACGAGCCAGCAACAUCGGCGCGCUGCGUGCGUGUGUGCGCGUGGCUUCGUCGAUGAGAAAAUAUAAAGCAACAGCAAAAUGUCAUCGCCACUCAAGCCAAGUGGCAGGAAUCCGUCGGAGCUCAACCCGAACGUGCUGUUGGCGGUCCUGAUGGAAUCAGCGGUGGAAACUCCACAUUCCUAGGGCAAGUGCCAGUUGAGCCCCGCGUUCAUCAUGGUGCCCGCUAUCAGCGUGUCGCUGCCCAGCUGAUGGAGGGGGAGCGACCUUCGUUGUAUAUAAGUGGCGGCGUCGUUGUUUUGCUGUGUGCGUGUAAACCUCCGGUCACUCAUCCCGUGGUUUAAUUUCUUCGCGUUCGAUAGUAACUUUUGAUAAUUACAUGACAAAGUGUCCUUUUCAACCGUAAUGUUAUAGCCUGAGUGAUUACAUACAAUAUGCAAUACGGUAUAUAUACAUUUAAAUGCAUAUUAUAUGUACUGCAGUUAAUUGUAUACAUAUUUAUGUGUUCGUCAAAGUCUUUAUUUUAUUUUGUCCUUCGUAACGACGUAGCGCCUAUUAACUUUGUACAUCUCAUGGUAGGCUUCACAAUUGUAAUGGCCGAUUAUUUAAAUUAACUCUCCUGUAUGGGAUUCAAUAAGAUAACCUUCAAAUGUUACUGUAUAAUAUUUUAGGAGCGCUGCCACAGUGGUGACCGUGCUGGACUUGCGACCCAGAGGUCGCCGGUUCGAUUAAACCUCCCGGCGCGCCA